GACCGAUCGUUCGUCCGCGUGCAGCCUACCUGCCUGGCGGUGACGCGCUUCGGCGGGAAACGCGCUUCCUCGAGCGUUGGACGCACGCGCACGCGCGCCCUCGCGUAAAAGAAGGGCGGCCUCACGCGCUGCUUCUGCUUCUGCCACUGCUGCUGCUUCUUCUUCUUCUUCAGCGGAUCCGGAUUUAAUCUGUUUCACUUGUGAGCGAGCUGAGAGAGAGACCCGACUCUGCGCCACUCCAGGGAUUUUUUGUUGUUGUUUUAUUAAAUGGAUACGAGCUUUCCUCACGAUGGACGUGGUGAUAAACGCCGUUUUCCGGCCACAAUGUCCUCGUAAAUCCGAGGAAUAAACGAGGGGGAAAAGUCGUUUAACGGUCUCGUAGCUCUGCGGAAACUCUUCGACUUCUGAGCGGCUUCUUUUGUCCUUCACACCACACCAACUUUCUUUCUCCACUCGCGGUUACGUGGGUAGCUUAGAGUCAAUUCGCCUGAAACACACACACACACACACACACACGGGAAGACACAGCGAAGGAUUGAGAAGAAAUCUCUACUUUGUUGGAAUUUGUUGUGUGUUUGUGGAUUAUAUCGCUGAGGAGGACCAGCCGGAACGUCAUGUUCCUCUUUGUGGUGUUUUGGCUGUGAACUGGAUAUCAGUGAUGUUAAUGAUACUACAAAUACAAGUCCAGACGAAAUUGGGUUUGGAGAUUUUACGAGAAGAAGACUAAAGUUCAGUCCUCUUUCCUGGUAGCAAAAGAAGGCACAGGAAAACAAAAAACCAUCUCUGCACACUAACUGUGCACGAGAACCUUCCAAGUAAAAGCUGUCGUAUAAAAGUCCCUGUGCUCCUGGGAUCAACAGGAUUGCACCAUGUUUUCUCCAACUGCAGCCAUAGCUCCUCCUCCACUCCUAACAGGAAAUGCUCUAGCCGUGCCUGGUUCUUCUCCUGCAGGUCCCUACACAGAGCAGGACCUGCUGCGCCAAGAGCUGAACUCACGCUUCCUGGCCUCUCAGAAUGUGGAUAGAGGAACUCCUCUGGCUGCUCCGUCGUACCUACGCACCGAGUUCCACCAGCACCAGCACCAGCACACACACCAACACACACACCAGCACACCUUCACCCCUUUCCCUCAUCCGGCCAUCCUGCCAGGCCCUGUAGCACCCCUGGUGCGUACAACCACCAGACAUUUUGACAAAUACCCACCAAAGGUCGACUCCUUUCACAGGCACAAUUUACUUCAGUCGUAUCCUUCAGUAAUGCCGGGAAUGUCUCCCAUGGUGCCCCCAACAGGGAUAUUCAGCUCUCUGCAGGGAGCCUUCCAGCCCAAGGCCUCCAACCCACUUGAUGUAGUUCCUGGUCCGGGAGCAAUGCCUCGUCCACUCAUACAGAAGGAAUCCAGAUUGUUAGACUCGGCAUGUCCUACACCAAAGAAGCCAGGGAAAUGGUGUGCGAUGCACGUUCACAUUGCAUGGCAGGUGUACCACCAUCAGCAGAAAAUAAAGAAGCAGAUGCAAAAUGAGCCACACAAGCUAGACUUUGGGUUGAAGCCAGAGUUCCUGAGUCGACCUUCUGGUUCAGGCCUCUUAGGAAUGAUCCAGCAACCGCGUGACUUACCCCGCCCUUCCACCAUCUUUUCCAGUGCUGGUUCCACACACCCUUCGGUAUCUCCCUAUGGAUACUUACCCCAUCCUCACACCAAUCUCCACACACCCCCCUCUCAUCAUGACCCUCUGAGCAAGCCACCAGUGUUUGGAGGUUUGGGAAUACUAAGCUCCACAGCGUUCGGAGGGCUUGGAAAUCCCACAAUAACACCAAGCUCUGCACAUGGCAGUAAAGACAGUAAAGGAGUUUCAGCAGGACCUCAGGAGCCCUGGAACAGGCUGCAGCAGACACCCUCCUCUUUCCCUACACCCCCUGCUUGGCCCCAGCCCCCUGAACUCGAAAGAGUAAUGGACAAGAGAGACUUUGUACUUAACAAAGAAGAGCAUGAAAGGGACACAAAAGAGAAGUUAAAUGUGAGACACCUGUCACCUGCUAACACAAGCCCACAGAGUCAUAAGCAAACAGUACAGUCUUCAAGAGACACUCCUGAGCCAAAAGACAAGGACAGAGCCAGAGAACGAGUACAAUCCCAGGAACCCCCCACUCAGAGUGGAGAGACAGAGGAUCAGAGGCACAAGGACAGCCAGCAAGAGAAGAAGGAGAAAACUGCUAAGGGUGACCAGCGUCCUACAGAGGAGAAGGCUACUUCUGAGGACACUUUGUCCCCACAGCAACAAAGGAUUCGAGUUGAGAGGCGCAGCAGUGAUGGAUCACAGUGGGAGCCAGAUGCAAAGAGGAGUAGACUGGAAGCUGAGAGUGCAAAGAGUGUCCAUGUUAAAGUAAAGGAGGAGAGGAGAGAGAAUCAGGACUCUCCUGAAAUCAGACCACCUUCUAAAAUCUUGGAGAAACCAAUGCAAGACCGAAGAACCCCAGGCAUGCAGCCUUUGCCCAUGUCAUCAAUUCCUGUACCUCUAGGAAUGACAGGAUUUCCACAUGGCCUGGAAAGGACUCGCUUAAUGACACCCCUUGUUGGGAUGAACCCACUGUCUGGUGCUGAGCGAUUUCCAUACUCUCCCCAGCAUUGGGAUCCGAUUCGGAGUAUGAGCCGUGGUCUGGACAUAUCUCAAAAAGACCCUGUUGCCAAGGAGCUGCUGCUGAGGGGCGACCCACUGCAGCGUGUUUACCCACGCGAGCCGCUCCUCCACCCGCUGGCACUGGAACAGCAGCAGAGGUGCCAGCUGGAGGAGCGCCAUCGCCUGGCACUGCUGCGUGAGGAGAGUGAGAGGAGCCGCCUGCUGGCACUGCACCACCACGCCACCCUCGAGACCCAGCUGGCACAUCCCGGUCUCCUGCCCGCACCCUACGCCAGCCCGCUGUUCCCGCGCCUGGCACUGCCUCACGCUGCACCCUAUGGCACUCUGAGCAAGGCUCUGCCUCCUGCAGGCUACAUCCAUGCCCCUCCGCCCCCUCUGCUGCCUGGAAUGCCCAUGCGGCCCCCUUCUCCCAGACGGACUAUGCCACUGGCGGACAGAAAUGUCGAGGCGCCAUGAGUGGGACAUAAUGAGGGCCUCACUGAGGCUGAGCCAAGCACUUCAUGUCAAAUACGUGAUAAAUAUGGAAAUGUACAGGGGCAAAAGCAUCUGGGCUGUUGCCUGGAUCCAGAUUAAGUCUAGAUUUUCAUUUAAUUGCAGUGUCAGUGGUGAUUCAGAGUUUUUUUUUUUUCAACUUCCGCUACUCAAUUCAUUACCAGGAAACUGGCCCAUCAUUUUUUGUGAAAAAAAUUAAAAAGAAUUUUAAGAAAA